UGGUUCUUCAAAUCCAACCACGUAUCUCUGGAAGAUCGCCCUCAUUUCAAGCUUCAAAUUCCAACGUUGAUUAUCUGAUCAACGGGCCACAUUCCCAUAUUUUUAUUUUCGCUACAAUAGGACAAGAGAUCUACCCAACAGAGUACCGUCACGCCUACCGACACAAUGCGAGCGGCUAGGGAACAGUUAAGCUAUAGAAUGUGUAUUUUCGACUACAUUUGCACAUGCAACGCCUGCAGUUUGGGGAAACAGUGGAGCCGAGUGCUAUUCAAUGAUGCUGAUGAACUGGAUCAGCCGCAUUGAAUAGCUCUGUUCUGAUAUAUGAAACGGCAUACCUCAUAAAUAAACUCCAUCUGGCCCGGCGGAAACAAAGAUCUCUCCACAUUCGUCCAUGGCUCUUACUGAACAAGAAGCCAGCAUUGUAGCACUGUUCGUGGAGGGCACCGCCUGGGGCGUCUUCCUGGUCACCUUUGGACUAUGCCUUCGCUCCCUCCUCUGGACAGAGUCCGGAAUGAAAUCCUGGCCUGAAAUUAAUCGUCCAAUGCUUCUCGUUUGCUUGGUCAUGCCCAUAAUUGCGACGGUGCAGGUGAUUCUGAAUAUCAUUAGAGCGCUUGAAUCACUCGGCUCCACAAGAGUCAGCGAGCAGUUCACGAACCUUGGAAGUGCCGCUGAGGUUUUGAAGUUCAUCUGCGUAGAUAUGCAGACCCUCAUCGGGGAUGGCAUUCUGACGUAUCGUUGCUGGGUGGUUUACGGGAGAUCCUGGACCGUGGCUGCGGUACCAGCGCUCCUUUGGAUAGGGGCAUCGGUGACAGCAGUAUUGAAUAUUGUUGUUCUCAGCCAAAUCCAUUCCGAGGCCCUCACCGCACCAACCAGCUUACGGCCCAUCAUCAGUUCUUUCUGGGGCAUAAGUAUCGCGCUGAAUAUAAUAACGACGUGUCUCAUUGUAGUCCGUAUCUACAACGUUGAUCGGACAGUGUCCAGACAUCCAGUCACUCGUUUGUCAGGAUGUCAUUCUGACAGACUCAACAGACUGCAGCGAACGAUAAGGAUUAUCAUCGAAUCUGGUGCCAUAUAUACUAGUGCUGCUAUUAUAACCUGCGCGACAUACGUCUCUGGAAGCGUAGCCGUGUACUUCACGAGUGCUUUGGAGGUCAAGACAGCUGGGAUUGCCUUCAACCUCAUCAUUAUUCGGGUCCACAAUAGAUCCCACGAUGAAGAGACGAGGAAUAUGCAUGUGUCCACUCCAUUAUACUUUGUUAAGCGGCCUCGCCAAAUGGACACAGAGGUUGAAGCAACCACUGGAAACAGGUGACAGAUAUACAAGAGCAGAAGCCACACCUUCCUCUCGCGUCUCUGCUAGUUGUCAAUCUGGUGAUCAUCGUCACUGCGAUAUUCCUUAACAUUGCAAUCUGUAACCUAGCACCUACAGUUCAAAAAAUUAAUGUGACGUCUAA